GGAUGAGUUGCCCAGGCCAGCCAGCCAGGCUAGCGUGACGACUUCGCGUCAGAAAUCGCGCGCGACAGGCCGAGAGAGUGCAAGGAGCACGCUCUUCUGGCUUCUAUGGACGGCGACGGGAGCCUCUCGCUAGGCGCAUCAUCCUUUGUCAAGACACGGAAACCGAUCAGCGUGAUCAUCAACGUCGCACCGGCCGCCGUUCGCGCGCAGUUCGAAGCAAGGCGCGCAAAGCAACAGGCGGCACAACAACAAGCCUCCCAGCCUUCUCAGCGCUCUCAGCCCACCUUUCGACCCGAUGCUGGACCCAGUCAGCUCUUCGACACCCAGACGAGCAACAGACCAGAGAGACCGAGACAGCCUGGCGCUGGUCAGACGCGAGAGAAAGUCGAUCGGCCUCCUCUGAGUCAAUUUACUGGCACGAGGGAGGAGCAGAGGAUCAAGCAGAGAGCAGCGGAAGAAGCGAGGAGGAUGAGGGAACAGGCGAACGCACCGCCUAGAACGCAAAAGACUGCUCGGCCGAGCACAGGCGCGAGAAUAAGACCGGGCGAUCCUAUUGCUGCACCUCCAGUGCGGAGGAAGCCGACUUCCAAGCGCUAUGUGCCCGGUCAAAAGGCACUCAGAGAGAUCAGACGAGCACAGAAAGGGACAGAUUUGCUCAUUCGCAAACUGCCCUUUGCUCGUCUCGUUCGAGAGAUCGCGAUGGACUAUGCGCCUCUCACCGAACAACGUGUUGGAUUGCGCUGGCAGUCUUCAGCCGUCAUGGCACUCCAGGAAGCAACAGAGGCGUACGUAGACGCCAGCUCAGAGUAUAGUCAUAUGACUUGCUCACGAUUGUCUGCAGCUAUCUCAUCCACCUCUUCGAAGAUGCAAACCUCUGCGCAAUCCAUGCCAAGCGUGUGACGAUCAUGCAAAAGGACAUACAACUGGCUCGCCGGAUACGCGGCGCGCACAAUGAGCCCUUGUGAUCUCGAG